GCCAUUAUCCUUUCACUCUGCCAACGUCUUCCGGUUGUGUCUGCCGAUAAUUUCCGGUUAGCGAGUUAGCGUCUUUUACUGUCUUUGGUUCGCGUGCAGAAAAAGUUAUUUAUGGAUGGUGUUACACGCCGACACGGCUCCGGGACAUAUUGUGCUGUUCGCGGUUGCAACAACUCGUGGCGAUUGCUGAAUGUUUGGUCGGAAGGAGAAUGUUUCCACCAUAAACCAUCUACAAGGCGCCAAUGUGGAUGUGCUCCCCCGUAUGCGUUGUAUGAGAAACCAAAAACAGAUGUUGAAUCUCGGAAGUGGCUAGCGGCUUUUAAGUUGAAGAAUCUGCCCAAAAGACUGUUUGUUUGUUCUUAUCACUUCAUUGAUAAAAAGCCCACAGAGGAAAACCCUUUCCCGGAACUUUGGUUGGGAUACGAGCGACCUCCCCAGCAAAAGAGACGUAAACUCGACAGAAACGCAAGUGACACGCAAUCGGAUGAAGUGUGCAUCGAGCCGAAGUUUAAAGAUGCUGCAACACAAUGGGAGGACCUAACAAAAACUGACCACAGCUACGCGGCAAAGUUGGACCACGUGAACAAAUCGACGCAGACUGGGGGUCAGACUGUGGCUGAUGAUAUGCUCCUGGAUGAUGAUAUCUCGCUGCUGUACACAGGACUGCGUCUGGUAUAUUUUUUUACUUUGGUGAAAACGAUGUUGCCAUUUAGUAAACCAUCAUGUAGUAUUCCUGUUGUUGACCAAAUACUGAUGACCCUCAUGAAACUUAAACUGAACCUUGUGUUAGGGGAUGUGGCAAAGCGCUUUAAAGUGUCUAAAGGUGAAGUAAGUAAGGUGAUUGCUCACUGGAUUGAUACAUUGGGUGAGCAGCUUGAAUCCAUGGUUGCCUGGCUGCCAAGAAGUGUUAUACGUGCUAACAUGCCACCAUCCUUUAGAAAGAACCACCCCCAGACCACUUGCAUCAUCGAUUGUGCUGAAACGGCUAUUCAGAGAGCAUCAAACCUUAACUGUAGGAGUGCCACUUUCAGUCAUUACAAGGGAACCAAUACUGCCAAAUAUCUUGUUGCUGUGUCACCUCAUGGGCUGAUAAUGUUUAUAUCAGAGGCCUAUGCUGGUAAAAGCAGUGACAAGUUUAUCACUAUGAACAGUGGGUUUCUGGAGGCCCUAAGGCCUGGUGAUGAGGUAAUGGCUGACAGGGGUUUCACGAUUCGAGAUGUACUACAUGAAAGGAAGGUGAAAUUGAAUAUUCCUGCCUUUACCCACAAGCGUGGUCAAUUGACCAAUGAGGAGGUAACGAGCACUAGACGAGUGGCCAAUGUCCGUAUACAUGUGGAGAGGGCAAUCUGAAGACUUAAAGUCUUCAAAAUUCUGUCCCAAACUGUCCCCAUCUCCAUGACCCCGCGGUUGGACAAGAUUCUUACCAUAUGUGCUGCUUUAGCAAACAUGAGGUCCAGACUCAUCCGACUGCCACAUGAGGUUUAGGUCCCUAUGAAAAGUAAAACCUGGUUUACCUGCAGUUUUUUUUUUUUUUUUUUGUACAUAUUCCUUUUUUAUUUUAUAUAUA